UACUGAGUACCUUAAAUGUUAGUUCAGAGGAGUUUUGUAUUGGACUGCAUUGAGAUGUUCAGUUUCUCUUUUGUCUGGUCACUCUGUAAAAAUGAAGUAGAGGAUAACUAUUUGAUGAUGUUCUCCACUUACAGAAAAGACACUGAGAGUCCCGUUCUGUACAUCUCAGAAAGUCAACCAGAGGAAGAGAGAGGAGAUGGAAGUGAAGAUGAAACAAUGAUACAUUCAGAUGCUGAGUGGCAGAGUCUGCUGUGUCCUGUGUCUCAGCGACUUCCAACAACAGUAGAUACAAUCUCAACUGAGACCUCCCCACCUGCACUUCCAGAUAAGGAUUUGGUUAAGACAGAAGGAUCCACUCCUGAGCAGGCUCCUGUCCAGAGUCCCGAUCAACACACCGCUGGACCCUCUGUCCCACAGCAGAGCCCUGCUGGACCCCCUCCCUCCUGUGACCACUCCAAACCUCGCAGUGUUACUGCCUCACCUCCGUGCACCACCUCAGCAACUUCCCCAGCUCCACCUGAGAUCGUUCAUGUAACCGUGAUGCUUCCUCCUUCCCCUUCCCCUUCCCCUUCCCCUUCCCCUCCCAUGGGACCUCCAUCAGACCCAGAGCCCACCAUCAACGCCACCAGCUUCUGGAGAAGCUGCAACGCGGCAGGAUGCACACAGGCCAUAUUCACUGGUUUCAUUAAUGAGAUGAACGAUAUCUCCAGCAGGAUUCAGUCAGACCAGGCGAGCCAGGAGGAUUAUGAUCUUGCACUUUCAGUGAUGACGGCCUCUGGAAAACUGGCAGAGCUUGUGGCCAAACAGCAGGAAGAGAUACAAAGAAAACAAGUGGAGCUGCAAAAGGCGGCAGCAGUUAUGGAGAAGGUCAUCUCAACACUGAGAGAUGUCCAUCAGCAGCUACAGUAAGAACAUGAAUAUCUACGUUUACAGUGAACUUCCUUUUUGACUGUGAGUUCCACUGUUGUUUUGUAUUUCCCAUUACUCACACUGACACUUUAAGCAUUUUCUACAAACUGUAUAUUUGUGGUUUUAUGGUUUUGUCUUAAUAUUUAAGACGGUGGAGAGGCCUGAAUGUAGAAAUACAAAACUGCACCAAUAUUUGGCAUUCAUCAUUCAAAAAGCAAAUUAAUUAAUUAAAUUGUUACAAUAUGAUCUCAGAUUUCAGCCUGUGAUCGUGAUGCUUUUACAAAUGAGUUGUACAUAGUGACAUUCCCUUUAGGAAAGAUGUUACAUAGGGAUGUUACAUGUCAUGAAAUAUAUUUGAAUUCAACAAAAGCAAGAGGUUUUAUCAUUUAAAUCAUGAACUAAACAGGAAGAACUGGAAAGACUGUGUGCUGAAAAUGUUCCACAUCCAACCCUAUGAACUGAACCAAGUAUGCCUGAACUCUUGAAAUGUUGAAAUUGUGAAAAUAACUUCUUUUACAUAUAUAUUUUGUUUAUGAUGUUGAGCUAUUUUAUUGUUUAACAUGUGUUUUAUAUAUUUUUAUAAUUGUGAAUGUUGAAAGAAAACCCUACUUAAAUGUGCAUGCAGAAAGGAUAAACGUUUUAAGACAUGAUACACAUUGUAUAGAAUUGUUCACUGUUCUUUUUAUGAAUAUUUUAAAAGAUCAUUGCAGCUCAAACUGCUAAUGUUUACAGUAACCCUUCAGCUUUUUGUUCCAUGAAUCAGUGAGUGGCCCAAUAGGUCUGAUGCUUUUUUUUUUACUUUUUUAACUGUGAGUAAGAUUAAGUUCAAACUAAUAAUCCAAGGACAGGAAGAGCCGAAAUAAUACUGCAGUUUACAGUUGAGUUUUCACAAGGAGGUCCAGAAGUCUUUUUUUUUUUUUUUUUUUUUUUUACCUUAUUGUUUAGUCUUGUUGUACAGGUUACAUUUUUAUGGAGUAAAACUGGUCAUUUAUGCAAAACAUGUCGGUGUAUUUUUCUUGUCCUCCUUGUCUUUAAGUCAGAUAUCAUUCAAUUUAAAAACUCCCCUGAUAGAGUUAGUGUCAAAGAAAAACUAAAGGUU